AUGCCGACUGCAAGAUUGAUCGAAAGAGACGCAGAUAUGACUGGCACGGCAAAUGGCACUUGCAUCGCUGGUACCCCCACCGUGCAGACUGUUACAACGGGCGGUGUUGUCCAGACCGUCACCGUGACGCCGUCGUCCGGCUCCGGUGACAACGCAUCUGUCUCUUCUAGCAGCAAGGGCCUCAGCGCCGGUGCUGCCGCCGGCAUCGCCGUAGGUGUUGUUGCUAUUGCUGUACUUGCCGGCGUGGUGGCAUUCCUUGUCUGGCGCCGCAAACGUCAGCAGAAGGAGCCCGAAGACGCUCUUUUCGUUGGCAACAAGACCAAGACGCCGUCACCUCGCGGCACCUCUCCCAACACCUCAAACAGCCCCAAGGUUAGCGAGGUGUCGUCCGCACCUGCCUUCGCCCGGAAGGUGGGUGAGGGCCAGUGGGAGAGUGACCAGUCUGGCCGCCGCCGGAGCACUCUGAUGCCCAUCGACCCGCGUAUCGACCCAGCUUACAGCGGCAUCUAUGCUCGCACCGACAACAAGAGCCGUGACAGCGUCAAUUCUCUGCGGGACGACCACGAUUACUCUCGCAGAGUCCACCAACCUGGCCGGGUGCUGAGAGCGACCAACCCGGAUCCUGACGUGGAGCCAUGA